GGAACCCGAGAGCAUCCCUCCAUCCCACCCUGUCUACUCUCUCUCACUUGACUCCCCACCGCAUGCCUCAGCUGUGAGGGGGGGGGCUCGGUUAAAGUCAGGGGGGCACGAGGCGGAGGAGGAGGCAGAGGGAGGCUGCUCGUGGCCGCGGGAGACGCGCCCUCCGCGCGGUGAGGCUGGGCUGAAGCGCCGCUGUGUGGAAGGGAUGCUGCGGGAGUAGAGCGGCUCAGCGCGGAAGAUGGGGAAGGACCAGGAACUGCUGCAGGCGGUGAAGACCGAGGACCUGCUCACCGUGCAGAAGCUGCUGCAGAGGCCCCGGCCGGGGAAAGCAAAGCUCCUCGGUUCUGCAAAGAAAGUGAAUGUGAACUUCCAGGAUACAGAUGGGUUUUCUCCACUGCAUCACGCGGCCCUUAAUGGAAACCUGGAGCUUAUCUCUCUGCUGCUGGAGUCGCAGGCCGCUGUGGACAUCAGAGACCAGAAAGGCAUGCGGCCGCUGCACUACGCAGCCUGGCAGGGGAAAGCCGAGCCCAUGAAGAUGCUGCUCAAGUCAGGCUCGUCCGUCAACGGCCAGUCGGACGAAGGGCAGAUUCCUCUUCACCUGUCGGCGCAACACGGACACUACGACGUGUCGGAGAUGCUGCUGCAGCACCAGUCCAACCCGUGCAUCGUGGACAACGCCGGGAAAACCCCGCUGGACCUGGCCUGUGAGUUCGGCAGAGUUGGGGUGGUGCAGCUGCUGCUGUCCAGCAACAUGUGCGCGGCUUUGCUGGAGCCCAAGAAAGGAGACACCACCGACCCCAACGGGACGUCUCCGCUCCACCUGGCCGCCAAGAACGGACACAUAGACAUCAUCAGGCUGCUGAUCCAGGCCGGCAUCGACAUCAACCGGCAGACCAAAGCGGGCACGGCGCUGCACGAAGCGGCGCUCUGCGGGAAGACCGAGGCCGUCAGGCUCCUGCUGGAAAGUGGAAUCAACGCCGCCGUGAGGAACACGUACAGCCAGACGGCUCUGGACAUCGUCUACCAGUUCACCGCAACGCAGGCCAGCAGGGAGAUCAAGCAGCUGCUGAGGGGGUUUCUUUGCCUCCCAGAUGCCUCAGCAGCUCUUCAGGUUCGAGCUCUGAAAGAUUACUGCAACAACUACGACCUGACCAGCCUCAACAUCAAAGCAGGGGACGUCAUUACGGUUUUGGAGCAGCACCCCGACGGCCGCUGGAAAGGCUGUAUCCAUGACAACCGGACGGGAAACGACCGCGUGGGCUACUUCCCGUCCACCAUGGUGGAGGUCAUCAGCAAGCGCACAGGUUUGGCCAGCACAGUCAUUUGCACUCAACAGUUUCAAAAGAUACCGCUGGUUGCCCCGGCGACGGUUGCCCCUGCCAACGCGGUAGUCAACGGCAACGACACCUCGUUCCAUCAGAUCCAUAUCCUGCCUCCACCGCCUCCUCCUCCUCCACCACAUUCCCAUCAGCCACUGCUUCCACUUUUCACUUCCUUUGGCUAUAACAGGUCGCCCGUGACAAGCCCACAGGGAGACACACCCACUGCCCCAGGUUGCCGCGGCUCAGAGGCAAGUCCUCACAGUUCUCCCACCCCGUCCAGCGGGCCCCAUGGAGGCUCCAACGAAGAGAUCUGGGUACUGCGCAAGCCCGUGGCAGGUGGGGACCGCAGCAGCGUUGGCAGCUCGGGCAGUGUGACCAGCGUUCGGUCUUCGGGCAGUGGUCAGAGCGCCGGCAGCGCCGCUCACAUCCUCCACGCUCAGGCCGAAGGAGUGAAGCUUCUUGCCACAGUCUUGUCCCAGUCUGCCAAAGCUAAGGAGCACCUGCUGGAGCAGUCCAAGUCUGUGGAGCAGCCUGCAGGCUCCGCCGCCUCCUCGCGGACGUCCAGCCAAUCGGGCUGCCCACUGCACGAAGCGCCGCCUUACGAAGCCACGGCAACCAGGAAGGGGGAGGUGCCGGGCGAAGGGAAGAGCUCAGAGGCCGUUGUCCAAUGGCUGAGCGACUUUCAGCUGCAGGUCUACGCUCCAAACUUCCUGGGCGCUGGGUAUGACUUACCCACCAUUAGCCGAAUGACCCCGGAGGACCUGACAGCCAUCGGAAUAACCAAACCGGGCCACAGGAAGAAGAUGGCGUCUGAGAUUAACAAGCUCAGUGUCACGGAGUGGCUGCCUGAGCAGAAACCUGCCAGCCUGGGCGAGUGGCUGUCGGCCAUCGGUCUGAGUCAGUACCACCAGGUCUUGGUGCAGAACGGCUACGAGAACAUCGACUUCAUCACGGACAUCACCUGGGAGGAUCUGCAGGAGAUCGGCAUCACCAAACUGGGUCACCAGAAGAAGCUGAUGCUGGCGGUGAAGCGGCUGGCCGAGAUGCAGCGAGGCUCCGACGGUCGAGGCUCCCUUCGAAAGAAGCCGCCGCCGAUCACUCAGCAGCAGGACGUCAUGUCGAUGGAAAGCCCGCCCCCAGAGGACGUCGUCAUGUCUCCAAAAAUGAGCACCUUCCAGGACAGCGAGCUGAGCUCCGAGUUACAGAACGCCAUGAUCCAGCCGGGCCACGAGGUCAAGGUUCAGCGAGCGCGCACGCUCAGCAAGGACCACGACGACGUGAUGGGAGGGGGAGGGGGAGGGGGCGGGGGAGGGGGAGCGGGGCCGCCCCCCAAGAAGGAGGCGCGGACUAUGAGGCAGCAGAGCAGUCAGGGCAGCAACUCCUCCCACAGGGGCAGCGUGUCGUCGCAAGGCAAACACCGCCACUCCCACUCCCACUCGCAGCCCGCGCCGCCCUACACGCCCCCCCACACCCCCACCAAGACCCGGACCUCGUCCUCCUCCUCCGCCUCCUCCGUCCAGAGCUCGGCGUCGCCGCAGGCCAAGCAGAAGCCGUCGCCCCAGUUCAUCCAGGGGGAGCGACCCCAGUCCCCCCGCUCGCACCCCCCGCAGUCCCCCACCCACCGCGGGGCGCCGUGCCCGGCGGCGGAGGCGCAGCAGGUGCCCGUCCUCUGCCUCCCCCCCGAGGCCGAGCCGGCCGAGGCCGACGGCGCCGAGCCCUCCGCCCUCCAGAAGAAGCGAGCUCACAGCCUGAACCGCUACGCCGUGUCGGACGGCGAGUGUGACGAGAGGGAGGUAAGAGGAGGAGGAGGAGAUGGAGGAGGAGGAGGAGGAGGGGGCGGGGGUGACGGCGAGCCCGAGGUCGUGGUCGGCCAGAGCGCCGCCGUGGUCAGAGCGGACGGCAUCAAGUACGCCACGGUGACCCACCGCGUCAGCCGCAGCCACUCCGUCCGCAACCAGGACAAGACCGUCCCCCGCGCCCACGCCCAGUCCUUCGCCCUGCGGCAGAAGAAGAAGGGCCCGCCGCCGCCGCCACCCAAACGCUCCAGCUCCGCCAUCUCCAGCUCCAACUCCAACCUGACGGAGGCCAGCGCGCCGCAGCCCACGCACGCCACCACGGGCGGGAUGCUGGACGUGCCUUACCACCAGCAACGGCGCGCCAGCGACCUGGGGGUCUCCGUGGAGGCGGCGCCCGCCGUGGAGACCAACAGCGUGGGCAGCGUGAGGAGCAUCGCCGCCAUGCUGGAGAUGUCUUCAAUUGGGGGCGGAGCCAAAGGCAUGGCGCUGCAGAAGAACUUCCUUCAGGUGGGGAAACCGCGCGACGCCAUCGGCCUGGACGGCGAGGUGGUGAACCGCCGGCGGACCAUCAGCGGGCCCGUCACCGAGCUGGUGGCGGCCGCCAUGCGCGAGCAGCCGGCGCCCUCGGCCUUCCCCGCCCGCCCGGCCCAGCCCGAGUCCCCGCCCCCCGCCUCGAACGCCCCCUCCCCCCAGCCGCCGUCCUCGCCCCACCCCGGCUCGGGCGGCAGCGGCAGCUCCUCCGAGAACCUGCCGUUCGCGGACGAGGGAAGCCUGACGAUCCGGCGCGGCGGCCGCGGAGAAGGAGAAGGACAGUGUGUAUUUUGUGUAUGUCUGCAGGGCGACGGCGAGGGAGCGCCGGCGGACGGAGGCUACGCCCCGGAGGACGUCUCCAGGCCGGAGGGCACGGCGACGCUGAAGCGGCGGCCGCGCAGCGCCAAGCCGCACCACCCCAACGGGUCCGACUUCACGCUCCAGGAGUCGUCCACCGUCAAGCGGAGGCCCAAGAGCCGCGACAAGGAGCCCGAGGGCUUCGCCGAGAUGGCCGCCGCCGCCACCGCCAACGGGGAGCCCGGGGGCGCCGCGCCGCCCAACACCACGCAGCCCGUCCCGUACCAGAACGGCACCGCCACCGUGAAGCGCCGCCCGGCGUCGGACGCCGGGGUGACGGAGCAGCCUCAGCCUCAGCCGCCACAGCAACCUCAGCCGGCGCCGCCCGCCGCCGCUCGCAGGGACAGCCUGGACCAGGGGGCGCCGGCUCCGGACGGCGCUCCAGUGAGGAAACCGAAACCUCCGGUGUCUCCCAAACCCGUGGUGGCUCAGAUCAAGAGGCAGGGGGGCCCUCAGACCCCCCCGCAGCCCGCCUCCAACAGGAGAGUCCCGCUGCCGGGGCCCGGGACGCCCGGGAGUCCAGUGGAAGGGAAGAAGGUCCCGCCCCCCAUCUCCCCCAAACCGGCCCCCCCGCCCACAGCGCCCAAGCCCACCAAGCUCAUCCACUCCAUGACCAGCCCCCCCUCGCCCACGCCGGCCCCGCCCCCCGCCAAGCAGCACGUGGCGGUGUCGCGGCAGACCAGCUCGCCCCCGUCGUUCCCGCCCUCCGGCACCCCGAGCCCCCCCAACGUGAAGCCCACCACCCCGUCGCCGCCGAGCCCCCGCACCCCGCAGACCCCCACCACGCCGCAGACGCCCCAGACGCCGGCCACGCCCAGCCCCACCCCGCCGCCCGUCAAGCCGCCGCGCUCCUCCAUCGGCGGCGUGUCGGUGGACAGCGGGAUGGCGGGCGUCGUUGCCGCGACGACGCCGGUCGCCCCGCCCACAGACUUCAGCGUGGAUUCGUUGGCGCAUCAGAAGCUGGAGGAGACGAGUGCGUCGCUGGCCGCGGCGCUGCAGGCGGUGGAGGACAAGAUCCUGAGGCAGGAGGACUCUGUGGCCGAGCAGAAGACCACCGUCAGCAUCCUGGACGACAUCGGCAGCAUGUUCGACGACCUGGCCGACCAGCUGGACGCCAUGCUGGAGUGACGGGGAGGGGGGGGGCACCACCUCUCCGCCUCUU